UCGUUUUACCUCUUGAGUGGGUCACUCUCAACUCCGACGACUCUAUCAAUGCUGGUACGACCAUGCAGCUGUGAGUGGUCUGAUUCGAUAUCACCCAUAAUGUUGUCUUUCACCGUGCAUGAUUAACCUAAGAUUUGCUCUAUCACACCCAUGCAUAAUUGAUAGCCACUAUUGAAGGGCUCCUGUUGACUUGGGACAUGGGGCAUCGUCGUGUCCGAGUGGAUCCUGAUUCUCUUUCUGCGAUCCAGCUUCUCUAGAGCACAUGAAAGGGUGGCCACCAGCGCACAACUAUUAUUUACAGAUUCAAAGAACUGCUAACUCAUCGAUGGGAAGUUCACCUUUCCCGUAUCUUUCGAGAGGGCAAUAAGUGUGGUGGAUCAUCUAGCUAACCACUGACACUUGUUGCCAGUUGAUUUCCAUGCUUUGUCGAAUUCACAUCCCGCUCUUGUUUCAUUACAUUGUGUAUGACUGUCAUCGAAUUUUUCGAACUUCGGUUGGUUUUGAAUGAACGCUGGGAUGCGAUUGCAUCCAUUUAUAAUAAUAAUAAAAACAAUUAUAAAAAAAAAAUUGAAGCGAGAUGAUGAGUCGUGCAUACAAUUACCAAAACAACAGAGACCAAGAAAAGGAAUCCAAUUAGGCGAUACAUAGAUAUAUGGUAUAUCAGCUGAGUUGCAUGCCACUAUAAAUUUUCUUCCAUAUAUAUAUUUAUCAGAUUUCCCAUUUCCAAUUCAACCUCCAUCAAUUCCUUUCCUUCUUUCCCUCUAUAUGGUCUCUCUUCAUUCUUCCAAACAAAUCCACACACAAAACAGCUCAAUAGGACAACCUCUCCGCACAUAAAAACGGGUUUUAUUGUGUGGGUUUGAUUUGAUGAGAAGUUGCAGUUACCUGCGACGAUGAUGACGAUGAAACAGAAGGAUCAUUCGGAUCAUAGGUAUAAGAUCAUUGGUUACUGGGUUCUUCCCAUCUUCAUGUUCUUGUUUGUGUUGCUCAUCAUCAAUCCCUCGUCUUUCACGCAUUUGUGGUCCAGCUACUAUUGGAAUUGGUCACCGUCUUUCGCAGGAUCUCAGUGGGGCCCGCAAGCUCAGCCAGCUGUCAAUCCCUCUCCAGGAAUCACCUGCGAUAGGUCCCACAAAUCAUACGACUUCUGCACAAUCAACGGGCCCACGGUCCUCGAUCCCGCCACCUCCACAUUCCACGCCACCGGCCCAUCAGCCGUCCACAGAAUCAAGCCUUACCCAAGAAAAGCAGAGGCCCACACAAUGAAUGGGAUCCGAGAACUGACCCUGCAGUCCGGCCCAACAAGCCCACAGUGCCAGAUCCAGCACGGCGGCCUCCCUGCCGUCGUGUUCAGCGCCGGAGGGUACACCGGGAACUUCUUCCACGAUUUCAGCGAGGGAUUCAUCCCUCUCUUCGUCACCGUCAACACCCUCUUCCCCACCGACCGCGACAUCAUCCUCGUCGUCUCCGAAGCAGGCGAUUGGUGGAUCAGGAAGUACGCCGACCUGCUCCGCUCCUUCACCAAGCACCCAAUCGUCGUGAUUGGAAACGGCACGGCGGCGGCGGAGACGCAUUGCUUCGGAUCCGCUACUGUUGGGCUGAUCUACCACGGGAUGGCCACCGUGAACCCCAAUCUGAUGCCGGGAGGCCAAAACCUCACUCAAUUUCGCCUCCUCCUACAAGAAACCUACGGCGGAGGCGGACGGACUGGGAUUCAAAAUUGGGCGGAAUCAGGGCGGCGGCGGCCGAGGCUGGUGCUGGUGGCGCGGCCGAUGGGAAUCGGUCGGGGAUUGCUCAACGAGCAAGAAGUGAGGGCGGCGGCGGAGAAGGUUGGGUUCGAGGUGGUUCGGUUCUUGCCUAGGGGAAACACGACGCUGAGGGAGGCUUUUGCGGUGAUGGAUUCGGCCGACGCGAUGGUCGGGGUGCACGGCGCGGCGAUGACCCACCUGCUGUUUCUGCGGCCGGGGGCGGCGUUCCUGCAGGUGGUGCCGCUCGGGACUGAGUGGGCGGCGGAGGUGUGCUACGGGGGGCCGGCGAAGGCGAUGGGGCUGGAGUACGUGGAGUACCGGAUCACGGCGGCGGAGAGCAGCCUGGCGGCGAGGUUUGAUCCGGAGAGCUUGGUGCUGAAGGAUCCGCCGGCGUACCGGGGGAAGGAUUGGUCGAAGAUGUGGGUGUACCUGAGGGAGCAAAAUGUUCGGAUUGAUUUGGUUAGGUUUAGGGAGUAUUUGGAGACAGUAUAUGAGAAGGCUGAGAAGUUUAUGAGGAAAAAUGGGUAAUGUUUUUUUUUUUUUUUUUAGUACAAUUUUUUUUGCUACCAAAGUUGUAGAGAGUAGAAACUAUGGACUCCAUUGAAAUUGCAUCUAGGAUUGUGCUACAAGGAUAGAGUAGCAAGAGAAAGUGUUUAUUAGUUGCUAGAUGUUUGGUCAUUGGUUGUUAAAUUUGUUAGGAAAAUUAUCAUAUUAUAUAAAUUUUACAUUUCAUUAUCUAAUCGGACCUAUUAGUAUAAUUAAAUCAGUAACAAACCCAAAAGAUUGAAAUUUUUUAUGUGAUAUAGACAUAUAAAUAAUUAUAUUUGAAAUACAUACUUAGAAAUUUGAUAUCGAAGUAAUUCAUACAUGAAAAAAGAAAUAACCGGUUGAUAUAAGUUUUAUUUGUAUAAACAACUAUUAGAUGUUUUCAAUUUUCAUAUCGCGAAUAAACCAUUAAAAUUUUCAUCAUAUAUACUCACAAGUAAGUGUUUAUAUGUUUUUGAGUUCUAUCCCUAAGCCCCAAAAUUUAAACCCUAACUCUAAUCCUAAAUCUCUAAACUCUAAAUCCUUCAAAUUAAAGUAAAUCUUUAAUGGACUUUCGUGUAAAUUCAUGUGCGUUAUUGUUCAUCACAUUAUAAGUGAUGAUUGACAUCAUUUUGACACAAAUCGCAUGUUAAAAUGACGGUUAUGAAACGAGUGCACUGAAUGCACCCAAAAAAGUUAGUGCACCGAAGACGCCACCAUAUAUAUACAUAUAUUUGUGAUGUAUGGUACCAUCUAGAAUGAGAGGGGUAAACACGAUUUUCAACACAUUGCACCCGUUUGGAUAAUUUGUAACAGUAGAGGGGUACAAAACGGGGGUGCAGAAUUACUAUUUAGACUUAUCCCCCGAAUUGGGGUGCAAGGGAAGGAAGGAAGAGGGGGGGGGGGGGGGGGGGGGGGGGGAAUUAUUUUUCUAAUAAAUUUUUAAUUAACAUUAUCAAUUUCUUUUCUUAUGUAGAUAUUUUCGGGGUUGACCAUUUGACUCCGAUAGCAAGUUUAUCAAUGUUCGUCUAGUCAAAUCGAGAUCUCUUGGUUGACUCGAAUUUGCGUUGGAAAUUAGAGAUAAGAAAUGUUUAUCUAAAAGGUAGCGAAGAACGGUUUGGUUGACUUAGUUUAGUUGAUCAUAUAGUUAAAACUUACAGAUUCGAACGUGUUUGACUAAGUUUGACCAUAUUCAAAUUAAAGUUAAAUUAUACACGAGAACAAUGUAGGAUGACAAGUUACGAGUUGGGUUCCGAGCUUCGAGAUCGCUCGAUCAAUGAUUAUUACAAUUGUUAUAAUUAAUUAUUAUUUUAGCAUUAUUAUACACUAAAUAUUUUAUUAAAUUAUAUUUAUAUUAUUUAUUUUAUUAUUUUGUGAUAAUAAUUUAUAACUUUGAUAAAUCUAUUUUAUAAUAAUAUAAUUACUCACUACACACUCUAUUUGCACCCUCCUACUUUUUCAUCUAAACAACAAUUUACCUAUCCACUUGCACCCUCCCUCAACUUGCACCCUCUUACAAUUUACCCAUCAACUUAUACCCCCUCGAAUUUGCACCCCUUGUUACCAAACAUAAUAUAAGUGUCAACUCAUUAAUUAGUUAGCACCAUACUAAUCACACUUAUAACCAAAUACAUGUAAAAUUAAUCUAAUGGUUAAAAUUUAGUUGAAGUUAAAUUGGCCAAAACUCACCCUCACAUCAAACCCCUAAUAUGUAUGCAAUCUUACCCCCGAAACAACACAAUCGUCUAUUUGCAUCCCCUAUCUCUCAUAACUCCUCUUCCUCUCUCUCCCUCAGCCGUCGAGAGCCUCCUGCUGAAACCAUAAGAAUUAUCUAACAAAGGAGGAGGAAGUCAAUGCCUUCAUGGAUAAGAAGGACCAACAUUCUUGCCCUGAGAAAAAUGCGACCCCGACGACCAAAUUUCACCAAAAGUUGACGGUCAAUGCGCCAUUUUUUACCCUUCCCAAAGAAACUCCAUUUUUAAAG